GCUGACAUCAAGGAGAUGGUGGAUAGACGAUUGACACGUAACAAUGGGACCGUGUGGAUGAUGAGUGGAAGUAGGAGAGAAGGGUUCAGACUGGAGGGAUCAGAUGUGGACUCUAUGUACUGGCCAAACAAUCACCGAGUGAUCAUGGACAUGUCUCAGUCUGAGUAUUACAACACUGCCAAUACAACCUUGAUUCUCUCUGACAGUUCUGAGAGUCCACCAGGAUUCACUCUACUUCAGUUACUGACUCCACGUACAACCAGAGAUGUCUUCUCAGCAUGUGUCACCAUGAAUAACAAAGUCUAUAUAUCUAGUUCUAUAUACAGAGAGAUAACUUGUUCUGUAGUAGUUCCUAAUUCUACUGUACACGGACCCUGUGGUAGUGGUGUAUAUGGAAAUACAGAAUAUGACACUGCCUGUUGUUUUGUUUGUGACUUUUGGCCCCACACUGCUUCCUCAUGGAUAGACAGAUGUCAUUCAUGGCCUGAUCCUGAAGUUGUUGAUGACAUUGUCAGAAAUGGGUGUCAUUUUGUAGCAAUAGGACACCCAUUAGGACCCCAUGAAAAUCAAGAAUGGAGAAUUUCUUUCUCUCAGGCAGAAUAUAAAUUUGUUUCAUCAAUGAACCACUGUCAGUUUUUGACUUACGGAUUGUUAAAACUUUUCUUAAAAGAAGUAAUGAAUCAACAGUCAGAGGAAACCAAUAAACUGUUAUGUUCCUAUCACAUGAAAACAACAGUUUUCUGGGCCAUUCAACAAAACACACUACCUCACUGGUGUCCACAAAAUCUCCUGGCCGGUUUCUGGGUCUGCUUAAAACUCCUGCUCAAAUGGGUGUAUGAGGGAGUUUGUCCAAACUUUUUCAUCCCACAAAACAACCUGUUUCUGACAAAGGUCCAUGGCUCAGCACAAAAUAGAUUGUUCCUACAGUUACAUGAACUGUACAAGAAAGGUCUGGCCUGUCUGUUACAGAGUUCCUCUAUCAGGUCCUACAUCAUUGGUGUCCUGUACAAUCCCAGACUUUCUAUUUGUACAGAUGAGAGUAUGAUUAGGUCUGAAGUUGAUUAUGAUGUAGAACUUGUCAGUGAGUCCUCUAUAUUAUGCACACUUCCAACAGACCUAUUUGGUCUUAUCAAAGUCAUACACACAAUGGAACAAUUGGUAGAUUCACCCCUGACACACUGUCAAGUUGUUAAAAUACAGAGUAUUACAGCUUUCAUCCUUCAGAACACUGUUUUUAUGUUACACAACAUAUACACAAACACAGGUGUCAACAAACAGAUGUAUAUUGCAGACAAAAUGUCUUGUCACAUGCUGAAAUUAGCAGCAAAGUUUGGGUGUAUUUCUAACAUGUUGUACAUUGCUAUGUAUUAUUACAAGACAUUCAGAUACAGGGAAGCUUUAUCUGUUCUAGAGAUGACAAAGGUCAAGUUAGCACAGCCAUAUCUGAUGUAUGAGAGACAUGUAGACAGAGAGAGGUAUACUGAGGCUGUAGGGGGACAGUCCUGGUCUACAAAGAUCAGACAGGCUGUAGCAUGGGAUAUAGAACUUGACACCAGAAUCUGUUAUAUCAGUGAACUAAUACCAGAACAACAGUCUGCUCUACAGAACAGAUGGCCUGCAUUAUUUAUCCCGGUGUUUGUAAUGUUACACUUCCUAAAGUUCUUGUGUUACAGACACAUUGAUACAACAUUAUCACAAGCAGCUCUAGAUGAGCUACAGGUCCUAGUCCACCACGGUCAGGAACUGUAUGUAAGUGAUGAACUCAGAGACAUCUCCUGGGAGAUCCUGGGGAUCUGUCAACAGAUCACAGGGAACCUCCAGGCUGCUCUAUACUCAUACCAACAGUCACUCACACAGGAUCCAGACCACAAAAUACAAACUGCUACACACAGGAGAAUACAGGAUAUACUGUAAACGUACUAUAAUUGGCGUGUACAAUAUUUGGCGGAAAUCAGUUUUUGAACAAGUUAGCGUGAAUUUGAAUUAGCGUUUUCCUGAAUGUGAC